GGAUUUCCUAACCUUUCCCAAUCGUCGUCUAUCCACCAGUCCACCAAGUCCACCCAAAAAACCAACAAUCCCGAACCACUUGCCCACCUACGAUACGUACCCUCUUAUACUACUCUUAAAAAAAAUAUUCGGAGCGCGUCAAAAGUGGUUCCUUUUUCAUUUCUCAGACAAAGAUUUAUGAUACCUUGCUAUAACAUCAUAUCAUAUCUCACUUUAUUCUUUCUACUCUACAACUCUGACUACCUACCUCUAAGGUACAUAUUACUAGAGCUUCCAGCCUUUUUAUCCUCAUCCUCAUCCUCUCUCUCAUCUUCAGCCCACCAAAACCAACCAAAACCAACCAGAUACUAGACAACGACCCCCCCGGUCUGCCUCGCACAGUCCAACAUCACGUCUUCCUCCUAAGCUCAUGACAUCCAUGCCCCGAGCAUCGGUGAACUUGCGCUUACCCUCGCCCUCCACAUACUUCCCGCGAAGACCACAUCUGUCGCUUUUGACAGGCGCCAUUGCGUGAUUCGUGAUACUUUUUUUUUCUUCCUCCCGUCGUUUUGUGUGCAUGUUUCUGUGAGGGGUUCUAGGGGAAUUGCAUAUCACCUUCGCUUCUUCCCUCCUUCUCCCCUUCCGACCUCGAGAUCACCACCCUCAUGGUCCCCCCACCGUCGUCUCACUCACGAUCCGGAACUUUCUCACCUGCUCCUGCUCAGAACCUGCAGACAGGACUUACACACUCUCCCCAUCCGUCACAGACCGGUCCUCUGAGUGCUGGCGCGAGUCCCAGUACCAGCAGCCCGACCGCGGGGAACAACUCUCUCACAAAAAUUGUCGUCGCCCAGGUCUACCUUCUUCUUAGUACAAUCAAGGAGGACAAGGACCGCGCCAAGUGGGAGUUACAAGUGGAUCAACUGAAAAAGCUCCUCGAUGAUCACGGCAUGGAGGUUUUUUCCAAGUACUUCACCCGGCUAGUAGCCGGAAACGCCCCUCAGAUCUUUCCUGGCAUCAACCGGCCUGUUGCCAACCCCGGCAACUACUCGCUCCUAGUAAACGAAAUGGCCAAGAUAUCACACGAUCUCGACCAGGCGUCCAGAAUAGCUGAAUCGAUCGAGUCAGCUAACGAAGAUAUCUUCCGCGAUUUUGACCUAUCUACAUUUAUGGAGCACUUCAAGCUCGAUGCCUUGGAGAAGACUAUCUUAGCUUUGGCGUUCAAGUUCGGCUCCCGACAGGAUCUGAAAACCAAGGCCGAUGCAAUUCUCUCCACAAAUUUCCCUACGUUUGUAAAUAUAAUCUCGAGAACAGAUUACGGCAACCACUCCGACCUCACCCCUUCCUUCAUCGCUAAUAUAGUCGACCGAUAUAUCCAAGGCCACCCGCCUAACUUUAACUCAGCUGCUAAACACGAGCUGAGUGCUAAGGUACAGGCCCGCUGGUUACAGCAGCAACAGGAUCAAGCACCUCCCAUGGAGGUCUUGGCUGCUUUGGACCUGAUCAGAGUGCUAGGCGAUAAACCCCCUAACGCGCUUGCUCUUUACAUUCAGAAGACCGGCACCGACUUCACUCGCGACGAGGAAACCUGCUUAACUUACCUCCAGAGUCGACCGAGUAAUAUACAGUUAAGCGAGGAGCAGGUUUCUGCGGCCUUAACGUACACGACCGUCAGCCUUACUUAUCGUCAUAACCCGUCCGUGCUUGUCGCUGCUCUUCGUCGCAUACUUCCACAAACUUUCCGUUGGCAUGACGUGGUUGCAUACUUUGAUCAGCGGGACGUGCGCGUGUCGUCAGCACAAUUCUUACGUCUAUAUCAGGCUCUGUUACCCAUCGCGCAAGCCCAAGACAACCAAUCUCCGCCGUUCAGUAUUCAGAGCUUAUGGGGUGGGUCUCACUGGGAAAACCCGGAAACUCAGCUGUCCUUCAUAUGUGCGUUUGCAUCUUUGAGCCCAGACGAGCUUGAUGCCAGUACUAUUCCGGGCCUCCAACCGACGUUUACGCUCGACGAGUAUGCACAGUCUCCCCCCGAAGUCCGUGAGCGAGCUGCCGUUGCCGUGAAACAUCCUCUGGUUUCGGCUUUAGCAUUAUCAGCAAUUUUUCAGGUUGCACUUCACUCCCUACACGCGUCGCAGAGCACGGAAGCAAAACGGCUAUUUCAAGAGGUGGUAGUUCCUAACCUGGAUAUCUUUAUAGUAUCUGCUUUUGGAGUUCCGAAACCGUGGCCGCCGAUGGCAGUUGAAACUCUGGCAUCUUUGUUUGAUAAUUUCCUACAUCGAAGGUCCGAGUAUCACGACUUCGUCCUAGACAGCCUCUGGAGAAAGGACAGGGAUUGGGUCACGCAGAGACUUGUUGAUGCGCAUGCCAUGAAGCCAAUGGAUCUAACACUCAUAUUUGAGCACGUCAUCAAGCAUGGCUGGCUAGACGAACUCGUUUACUUACCGAACGGGUUCGGUUACGAUCUUGCCGCUCUUGCACACGCCGAGGGUCAUCUCGAUCUUGCUCAGUGGGCCCAUAACAAUGCUGAACGAAGUCCUGCCAUCUCCCAGUCUCUACUCCAGUUUUUGAUGAUUAAGGCGAAUCUUGAAUUGCAGUCGCAAAGAGGCGGAGAAGGACAGCCGGUGCCCAAGACGACUACUCCUCUUCACGUAAAAACAGUACUCGCCAUGCUCCAGAUUCUGGAGGACUUUUUACCGCGAAACCCCUUGCCAGAGCUGAUUAUCGUUCAGCGCGCGUGCAUCACUUCUUAUCCUAGGCUUAUCAACUACGGUGAAGGCUACGAUGAUAUCAUCGAUGCAAAUGGGAAGGACGGUAACGGGCUCCCACCAGCCGCAAUUGCCAAGAUGGAGGAGCACUAUAAGAAGAUGUAUGGAGAGGAGUCCGAGGUCAAGUAUGUCGUCCAAAAGCUCGAGGAAUACAAGCACUCGCGGUUUCCGUUAGAUCAGGAUAUCUUCGCGUGCAUGAUCCACGGUCUUUUCGACGAAUACUCUCACUUCAUAGACUACCCCCUUGAAGCAUUAGCCACAACUGCGGUUUUAUUUGGUGGGAUAAUAUCCCACAAGUUGAUAUCCGAGUUACCAUUGAAAAUUGGGUUGGGCAUGAUUCUCGAGGCUGUCCGGGAUCACACUAUCGAUAGCUCGAUGUAUAAGUUCGGCCUCCAAGCUCUGAUUCAGAUUUUCCCCCGUUUCAGGGAGUGGCCAGGACUCUGUAAGCAACUUUUACAGAUUCCUGGCUUGCGUGGCACCGAAGCUUAUCGGAAGGCUGAAGAGGUUGUGCGAGAGGACGAAGAGGACCGGGCGCGUGCGCAAAACGGCACCGGCACUCCUAGUCACACUGGGAACGAAACUCUAACAAAUGGUGCCGUUGAUGGUUUAGAGCUCCACGCGGCUCCCUUUGCAGCAGUUAACAUAGACCCUCCUCCUCCAGGAGCCGCCUUUGAAGAUCCUGUUGUCGAUGUGCAAGACAGAAUUCAGUUCGGUCUCAACAACCUGACCAGUUCCUCGCUUCAAACAACAUUCAGGGAGAUCCAUGAAAUUCUGGAACAUCAACAUCAGCAAUGGUUUGCCAGCCAUCUCGUUGAAGAACGGGCAAAGAUGCAACCCAAUUAUCACCAAGUAUACCUUGACUUAGUGAAACUCUUCCAAGAUACGGGUCUGUGGUCUGAAGUGCUCAGGCAAACCUAUAUCAGUGUUGCUCGGAUGCUAAACUCAGAGAGCACGUUGCAGAAUUCUACCGAUAGAACCCACCUCAAGUAUUUAGGGGCCUGGCUAGGGCUCUUAACUAUAGCUAGGGACCAGCCGAUUAAACAUAAAAACAUCGCUUUCAAACAACUACUCAUCGAGGCGCAUGACACCAAAAGGCUAGUUGUCGUAGUACCAUUCGUCUGCAAGGUUUUAAUACAGGCUUCGAAAUCGACCAUCUUCCGACCUCCAAACCCAUGGUUGAUGGACAUUAUUCAUCUCCUUAUUGAACUUUACCAUCACGCCGAACUAAAGCUAAACCAAAAGUUCGAGAUCGAAGUACUCUGCAAAGAUCUUAAUUUGGAUCACAAGAGCAUCGAGCCGUCUACUGAACUCCAGGAUCGUGUGCCGGUCGAGGAAGUUAUCGAUAUAGGUGCACAAGACCCUCUGGAGCACUUUGAGAACAUGUCGUUGAACGGCAUGGCGGGUGCUGUCCCAGCCGGCAUUACGCCGCACCCCAUGCCACCACCCACCGUUCCAGAUAUUAGUGGCCUCUUGCAAAUUCCACCAACGAAUGAGAUGGUUAUCAACAGUGUCCGUCUUCAUGAAAUUGUCCGCACCUCGGUAACAAAGGCACUGCAGGAUAUAAUCCAACCGGUUGUGGAUCGAUCCGUCACUAUCGCUGCGAUCAGUACUCAACAGAUGAUUCACAAAGAUUUCGCAACUGAGCCUGAUGAGAACAAGCUCCGAACAUCCGCGAUCAACAUGGUUAAGGCCACUGCCGGAAGUCUCGCGCAGGUUACGUCGAAAGAACCUCUUAGAGCUAACAUCACUAAUUAUAUGCGAAACGCUGCAGGUGAACUACCUCACUCGCUUCCUGAAGGCACGAUAAUAAUGUGCGUGAACUCGAACCUGGAGCUUGCGUGUAAUGUAAUCGAAAAGCAAGCCGAGGAACGAGCGGUUCCGGAGAUCGAAGAGAUGAUAGAGGGUGAAAUAGAGGCAAGACGUCGACACCGUCUACAACGGCCUAAUGAGCCGUACGUCGAUCCUGGUCUUAGCAGAUGGGCAAUGACGAUACCGCAUCCCUACAAGCUAUCCCCCAACCUGGCAGGCUUGAAUGCGGAGCAGAUGGCUAUUUAUGAAGAUUUUGCCCGGCAACCACGAGGUGCCGCCCAACCCGGCCCGACUCACGGCGCAUCGACCUCGGAUGCGACCAGAAAUAUUGCCAACGAGGUCCUGCAAGAUCAAUACAGUUCUGUACCUACCCUUGCUACACCCGCCGAAACCUCGUCUCUUCAACACCUCAAUACGCAACUACCCUAUUCUCAUGUACAUGGUGGAAUGACUAACGGUCGCCCUUCGGCCCAUCAUAUGGAUGGUAGAGGAUUAAUCGAUAAGGUCGAGAGGUAUUUGUCCGAACUCAAGCGCACCACGACCUCGACAGACGAGGAACACUUUAGCGAUCUGCCUAGGUCUCAUCCUGUUUUGGAAGUCGUUGAUAUGUUCACCCAGCUCAUCAUUAACACGUCUCAAAACUCGGACGAGUUCGCUUUCUACGCCGCGGAGAAGAUCUGUCAGUUGCUAUUCAGCGGAGUGGAGAAUACUCUUUUCUUGGAAAGCCUCGUUCACAUCCUGGAGCAGUUACUAAAGAUCGCUGCAAGUUCCGGCACCGCGUUACACGACCGGGUGCAGAUCAGCUUUUACCAACAGUCGCCUCAGAAUAUCCUCAACAUAUCUUUGAUCACGGCACUGCUCCCGACGGAUUUCCUUGACCUGCACAGCAUCGAUCAUAUGUUGUCCAGGAUGCUCGUCCAGAGGGAAGAAGGCUAUCUAGAGUUCUUUGAUAAACUCCUAGAUCUGACUCUAUUCAAUGAACGACCUAUCGCGCUCUUUGCAGACUUCGUACGCAGUUUAGAAGUCGCGUGGGAUUGGAUCAACGAAAACCCCGAGCUUGAAAUUGGCCAGCGACUAAAGUCGAAGUUCCUCAGCUCUGGCCUCACCAAACCGCAGAGCAGGGAGGGUGCGGAACAGCUCGAGCAGUUUGAUUACAUUUUUGACGAAUGGGUUCGUCUCCACAACAAUUACAACGUAUCUGAUAAGGCGCGGUUGGCGUUUGUGAAGCAGAUUCGUAGUCGAAAUAUUAUCUCCAACAAGGAUGAAUUCGUGAUUUUCACGCGAAGGGCCAUUGAUAUGGCGAUCAAUUACUAUGAGCAGGUGCUGCAUGCGGGAGGAAGCACUGCCGAAGCAUUCGUUGCCGGGGAUGCUCUCGUAAAGAUGGUCAUAGUUUUUGCUAGGGAGAGUGGUGCCGAUCAAGAGGACCCCAGGGCUGGGAUUCUCCCAGUUCUUGAGGCUGUCACGUCACUCUUUGCAGUCGUGCUGAACCACCACCACGUUGCAAGAGGCGAACACUUCAACCAGAGAGUCUUCUUCCGCCUGUUCUCUAUGCUUUUGCAUGACAUCGAUUCGGCAUUCGCGGAAAAUUCGAAUAUCGAAUUGUGCCGACGAGAGUUUCUAAAUCGAUUCUCGUGGGCAUUAUUACAGCUUAAUCCUGAGCGUUUCCCCGGGUUCGCGUUUGCGUGGCUCAGCCUCAUUGGACAUCGACGUUUCAUGCCUGACAUUAUUCUACUCGAAUCUAAGGCCGGUUGGAUCUCCUACACGAAACUGUUGAAGUCUCUUUUAAGGCAUGUUUCGGCACACAUGAAAGCUAUCGAUGUAACGGAUGUCGUGAAGGAAUACUACCGUGCGGUUGUCAAACACCUCGUCAUAUUAGCUCAUGACUUCACUGAAUAUAUGUCCGCUAAUGCCGUCGAUCUAUGCUCAAGCAUCUCUCCUCAUUGCACUCAGUUGAGAAACAUCGUACUCAACUGUGGCCCGCGAUCUGAAACUGGAGAGUUAAUCUCGCAGGAUGCUCAAGCAGACAUUGCUCCCAGCCUAUUAUACUUGAGACAAACUGGCAUUUCGGAGAUCUUGCAGCAGCUUGUCCAAGCCCCCCCCUCUGAGGAUGCCAUUGCCCAUCUCACGCAUGCCAUUAACAAAAGCAAGGCGCGAUACACGACGUAUGGCAACGUCCCGCUCGGCGUUAACUGCAAAGUCAUCGAUGCUAUUGUGACUUUCUUUAGCCAUCAAGCCAUUAUAACGGCCCGUCAGGAGAGGUCCGUAUAUACCCCCGGCUCCCCUGAUGUCGCGACGCUUUCGCUAUUGGUGCACGAGUUGCAACCCGAGGGUCGAUAUUUCCUCAUCAGCAGCAUGGUUGAUCGUCUACGCAAUUUCAGCCCCGUCACCGAAUUCUUCAGCUACGUCAUCUUUGAGAUUUUUGGUCAAGAUCUCAAUGACCCCGAGGAAGCUGAUAUCCGCCAGCAAGUAGUCCGCGUGCUGCUUGAGAGAAUUGCCAGUUUCUGGCCUCAGCCAUUCGGCCUUACCAUGGUCAUUAUGGAGCUGAUAACGAAGGACAAGUAUCACUUCUUCGACCAGCCUUUUAUCAAGGCAGAUCGCGAUAUCGCGGACCAGUUUAUGGCGUUUGCGAGACAGCAUAAUCAGUAAAUAUCAUAACUAUCCCAAGCCACUUUUUACAACGAGUAAUGGACAUCAAUCGGUUGUCCAUCCUCCGAUACGAUAUUAAAUAGACGAUAACUAAUCAUGACGGGUCUUGAGCAACCAAGACGUCAGGGUACAAGGCACAGCAUGAAGCUUUGGGAGGCCAGAUGAAGGUGGAAAUGGGAUUCUUGAGAAAGCGAUACCAACCAUAGUGGCGCAAAAAAAAAGAAGAAGAAAAAAACGCGGUAGAUAUGAAUGUUUUGACGAGUGGCAUUUCAUGGCGUAUGCGGUGAAUUCACGGAAACCUUGUACGAUUCAGAAUUAAGGGCCCGAGGAGGCGCGGAUUUCGGAAGACAGUACAAGGGUUCCGUUCUGUUCUGUUUUCUUGGGGUUGCGUGCCAGCGCGGUUAUGUGUAUUAAUAUAUAGAGGUAGACACGGCCAACCACGGGUCUAUCCUAACAUCACGCUCGAUGCUAUUACGAUGCCGCUUUCGUUAUUAGUUGCAGAUGUAUAUUCGUAUUUUGCUUAUGAAAAUGGAGAUGAUAGGUAUCCUAGGUACUUCAUUUACAAAACUUGGUCUUCGUAA